AUGCACCACCAACCCCACGCUCACACGAGCCGCAGUCCCCCAACUGGCACAGCACGCCAUGGGACCCACAACGGCCCACCAAGCCCAGGGCAGGGUCCCCCACUGGAGCAGGCGACACCCAGCCAAUACACCGGCAUCCAGCCAGCGGCGGAGCGCAGGGUGGAUACCCAGUCAGAGGAGAGAGGGGAAGGGGGAAGCAGGAAAUCGUCGAGGAACUGCAGUGGGGCGACGGGAGAUCGCAGCCUGGGCCCUCCCCCCACUCCCGCAGCCCAGGUUCCCGGCUGGCAGCCAUUACCCAGCACCGUAAUGGGAACAUGUGGGGAGAGUAGUGCAAUGCUCCAGCAGGCGCAGCCCCGCUUGCCAGAACCUCCAGCCGCGGAGCGGGAGAAGCGCCAGGGCCCCAAUCAACCCCCGUGGGCCCCACGAGGUCCUGUCGACGACCCGGCUGACAGAAGGGCAGCGGCAGCUGCCGCGGUCCGGAGAGGCGGACAGGGCCGUAGACAGACCAAAGGGAUGGAGACGCGACUCGCCCAACCCACCCAAGGGCAAGGAGGGGUGCGCGGUAUGACACCAGGGAGCACCUCCCCGGUACCCGGUACAAGGAGACAUGGCUCCGGCCGGGACAUCCCGGGAGGGACCUGUUGCCGGUGCAUACCCCCCCGAACACCCGAACCCACCCGCAAGACCACCGCACACCCAAUGGGACCCACACACGACCAGAUGCAACCAGACAAGCCCAUGCCAAAAACCCCGGGGCCAGGACCAGAGACGGACAGCACAGGGCAGGACGCCAACAAACUCCACCUAGCACCUGUGAAGUUGACAGAAGAAGAGAUUUAUCAAACACCCUUAGAUGUGUGCCAAGGACCACACCUCACAAGGGAGAUGCAGCAGCAAGCACCAGCCAUGAUUAGCCUACAACUGGUGCAGAGCAGGCAGGUAUGA